AUGGCGAAUCCACCUGGAAGAACGCAGAACCCUCAUGUCUAUUCCCCAAUAGAGCUUGGAAUCAAGUUGUUUGCUUCUCGAUGUUGUGUACUUUUCGAUUCUUAUAUCCCAUUACUCAGAGGAGAUGAGAAAGAACUCGUCAAAGCUUUGUAUACUUUGGAAGGUUCCUAUGAGGAAAUUGUCGACAUGGAGAAAAAGCUGAUCGAAAAGAAGAAUCCUCCACCAGAGCAGCAUGAGUCAGCAUCCAUUUUAUCCGGAACUCCACCCGAGACUCCACCAGGAACGCCAACAGAGGAGGCUCCUGCUCAGCCACACGUUAAUCCUUAUCACCAGCUACUCCGAGAUACGUUCGAAAACUUCAAAGAUGGAUUUAGGAAGAAAGCAAGAGAAGAACAAAUUAGCGAGGAGUAUGUGAACACAUUUAACAAAGCUUUGGAUGUCUAUUUGGAAGAAUUCUUGAAAUUCAGUGAACGUUUAUACAUGGAAGGAGUCUCUCAAACUCCUGGUCUAAGAUAUGCGCCAGCAUCUGUUUUCCAUACAGCUAUCGAAACUUUCAAUGCUCUCACACGUUUGUCUCCCGAGGAGAGAGCUGCGCGUUUGGACAACACAGUUGUUCCAGUUAUAAACGACCGAUUGGUAGCAUACAACGAGGCAACAGCUCCAAACUUUCCGCCGAAUCCGUACAAUCACAUGUACGUUUGCUAUGGAACAACAAGUGAUCUCAGCCUUCCAUGUCAUGAAGUCGUCGACACAAAUUUGAUGUGGCAAAGUCAUCAACUCUCCGAACUCAACAUUUCACUUCCUCCGAAUCCAAACACAGCUCCAUCAUACCCUAACUAUCAGAUGCGAAUGCAUGACAGUCUCAUAAAAAUGGGACACGAGCUAGGGAUCGAUCAGAACUUGAUUGUACUAUUCUAUGAAAAACUCAUUUUUGCUAUUCAAACAUUGGAGAGAAAAGCUAAACCAAUGAACAAAAUGACGAGGGAUGAUAUUGACUUGAUGGGGAUCAAGCAUUUGUCAUUGAUGGAAACUCACAGUUAUGUAAAAUUCGGACGACUAGCCAAUCAGAACAGUCAACCAACUGGUCCCAGUACCGAAUUUGCGUUGGAACAAAAACCAAUUGUGCCAAGUACGGUUCAAAGCAACUUCACAUCACGCAGGAGGCGGCGCACCCAUCUUCCAUCGACGCAGAGUAAUUUGGUGCCCCCAACUGAUAUCCAGCCCUUCACAAUGCCUGAUACCAAAGACCCCGAGUGGAGUCAGCGCUUUGCUGCUGACUGGGUCCGUCGCUUCGUUCAGAAGCAAUAUUGCGAGGAACUUGGAUUGGAAAAUAUCUCGUUGCCAUUUGCGAAGGCUAUAUGUUUGGCAGGAAUAACCCAAAAUGAUUACAAUCAAAAAGUUCAUGAAUGGCUCAACAGAGCAGACAAGAAAGAAGGCGAUGAAUGGGAUGUCGAGAUCAAGUGGACAGCCAGACAGCCACCUUCUUCGGAGAACGACAAGAAUUAA